AUGUCAAAACCCUCAUCAUCGAGAUUGAUCCUCACCUACCUUCGUCGGUGUUCUCCAAAACCAUCAUCUCUCGCUAACCCAAAUGAUCUGACUACUUCCAGUGGCAUAUCUAAGUGUUUAUCCUAUCAGCCAAGAUUAAUUCGGGAUCCCAUUUUGUCACCAUGGCUAAGCAAUUCUCAGAGAACCCACUUUUCCUCCACUCCACUGUCAAGGAUUUUCCAGAAUCCCAGUCAGAAGAUCCACAACCCGACGCCCAAUUUGGCUCAGAAUUGUUGGAAUUUUGUUGGGCUGAGGUACUUCUCUGCUCUGCCCAAGAAAGAUGCUGGGAAAAGAGUUAUGGGAAAUGCUGCGGGAGCUGUGAAGAAUGUUGCUUCUAAGUAUAGGGAGGCAGUCGGUCUGCAGAUUGACGCUUUUUGGAAAAGGAAUUCGCUGGUGCUUGUUGGUGCCGGAGGGGUUGUGGUGUGCAUCACUCUUUGGAGGAUUAUGUUUGGUAUUGCGAAUACUUUUGUUGGAUUGUCCGAAGGCAUGGCUAAAUAUGGUUUCCUUGCACUUUCCACUGCUAUAGUGGCAUUUUUUGGCUUGUAUCUACGUUCAAGAUACACAAUCAAUCCUGAUCGCGUUUACAGAAUGGCCAUGAGAAAACUUAAUACAUCUGCUGGAAUUCUGGAGGUUAUGGGUGCUCCACUUACGGGUACAGAUUUAAGAGCAUAUGUAAUGUCUGGAGGUGGCAUUGCACUGAAUAAGUUCAAGCCAAGGCUGAGAAGCAAAAGAUGUUUUCUCAUUUUUCCAAUCAGAGGUUCUGAGAGGAAAGGCUUAGUAAACGUUGAGGUUAAGAACAAGAAAGGCCAGUAUGAUAUGAAGCUAUUGGCUGUGGAUAUUCCAAUGGCAAGAGGACCUGAUCAGCGCAUUUACUUAGUUGGGGAUGACGAAGAAUAUAGGGUUGGCGGUGACAUCAUUUCUGAACUGAGAGAUCCGGUUGUAAAAGCCUUGGCUGCAAGUAAGGAAUUUGAGGAUCUUGAUGACCAAGAGGAUGAGGAGGAUGCAGAAAGAGAACGUCAAGAAGCUGAAAGAAAGCACCGUGAAGAAGUUGACAAGCUUGAGAAGACUGGAUCAUGA